ACGAAGAACUUCGCCUUUUGGAGCACCCAACCUGUACCACAGUUUGAUGAAGCCGAACCUUCCAACGAGAACAACUUUAUUGAACCUGAUCUUCCAGCAGAGAAGAUUCGUCAAGAACCUUAUUCUUUGCCUGAAUCUUUUGUCUGGAGUGACGUCGAUCUCAAUGAUGAGAAGCAGCUACAGAACAAACGUUUAGAACGUUUCUGGGUAGGGUCGAUUAUUCUUGUUCAGGAGCUGUAUACUCUGUUAACUGAGAAUUAUGUCGAGGACGACGACAAUAUGUUCCGUUUCGAUUACUCUGCUGCUUUUUUGAAGUGGGCAGUACAGAUGCCAGGAUGGUUGCCACAAUGGCAUUGUGGCGUUCGAGCAAAACAAAGUGGUCGUCUUCUCGCUUUUAUCGCUGCAGUACCACAAACUAUUCGCGUGUACGAUAAGGAGCGACCUAUGGUAGAAAUAAAUUUUCUUUGUGUUCACAAAAAACUGAGGUCAAAACGGGUAGCACCGGUGUUGAUACGUGAGAUCACAAGACGGGUGAACCAGCAGAAAAUCUUCCAAGCGGUAUACACAGCUGGUGUUGUCAUACCAAAACCGGUAGGAGUGUGUAGGUAUUGGCAUCGCUCUCUCAAUCCAAAGAAACUUAUUGACGUACGAUUUUCACAUCUUUCCGCAAAAAUGACGAUGGCGCGUACUAUAAAGUUGUAUAAACUUCCUGAUGCGCCGGUAACAGUAGGUUUGAGACCUCUUGAGAAAAAGGACAUACCAUCUGCGUGGAAGUUGCUAACCGAGUAUCUCAAGCAGUUUUCUUUGGCUCCUGUUUUUACGAAGAAAGAGUUUGAACACAUAUUUAUGCCGAUCGAAGAUGUUGUUUACACAUACGUGCUAGAGACCGGAGGGAAAAUAACUGAUAUGUUAUCUUUCUACUCGCUACCCUCAUCUGUCAUGCACCAUCCUGUUCACAAAAGUAUUCGGGCCGUGUAUUCCUUCUAUAAUGUUGCUACGACCGUAUCCUUCAAGCAGCUUAUGAACGAUGCUCUCAUUUUUGCUCACAAGCUUGGCUUUGAUGUGUUCAACGCCUUGGAUCUCAUGCAGAAUGCCUCGAUUUUGGAAGACCUUAAGUUUGGAAUUGGUGAUGGUAAUCUUCAAUAUUAUCUCUACAACUGGAGGUGCCCGGAUAUGAAACCUGCUCAAAUUGGGCUGGUUCUACAAUAA